AUGCAUGAAAUUCGUACAACGGGCUUGGCCCCACACCGCUGCCUCUGCCUCAGUCCCUGCCCGCAGCAGCUUCAUUCGGAAGUGGGAGAUUUUGAUAAGAUCUGGCGAGAACAUUGCGAGGAUGAGGAAACACUUUGUGAAUAUGCUGUUGCAAUGAAAAAUUUGGCAGAUAAUCAUUGGGCGAAAAGUUGUGAAGGUGAAGGACGUAUUGAAUGGUGUUGUAGUAUAUGCAGAGAAUAUUUUCAAAAUGGUGGAAAGAGAAAAGCACUUGAAAAAGAUAAAAAAAGAGCUGUACUUGCCACCAAGACCACUCCAGCCUUAAAUACACAUGAACAGUCUAAACUUGAAGGUCGUUUAACCAACCUCAACUUUACAAAUUCUGAAAUUAUAACUGAGUUGCUACAAACCUCAGGGAAGAUCAGAUUACUUGAUGUUGGCAGCUGCUUUAACCCAUUUAUGAAGUUUGAAGAAUUUCUAACUGUUGGCAUAGACAUUGUACCUGCCGUAGAGAGUGUAUAUAAAUGUGACUUCCUGAACUUGCAGCUUCAGCAGCCACUCCAGCUUGCGCAGGAUGCUAUAGAUGCCUUUUUGAAGCAGCUGAAAAACCCUAUUGAUUCUCUUCCUGGAGAACUUUUCCAUGUGGUGGUUUUCUCGCUCCUUCUUUCUUAUUUUCCAUCGCCUUACCAGAGAUGGAUUUGCUGCAAGAAAGCCCAUGAACUGUUAAUGUUAAAUGGUUUAUUGCUUAUCAUCACACCUGAUUCCUCCCAUCAGAAUCGUCAUGCUAUGAUGAUGAAAAGCUGGAAGAUUGCUAUAGAGUCCCUGGGCUUUAAACGUUUCAAGUAUUCAAAAUUUUCACAUAUGCAUCUGAUGGCAUUUAGAAAAAUAUCCCUAAAAACUACAAGUGACUUGGUAAGUAGGAACUACCCUGGGAUGUUAUAUAUUCCUCAAGAUUUCAACAGUAUAGAAGAUGAGGACUAUUCUAACACUUCCUGCUAUGUUCGAUCAGAUAUAGAAGAUGAACAACUGGCAUAUGGUUUUACAGAGCUCCCUGAUGCUCCAUACGACUCAGAUUCUGGAGAAAGUCAAGCCAGCUCCAUUCCUUUCUAUGAGCUAGAAGAUCCCAUAUUGCUUUUAAGCUAA